UCUCUUGUAAAAACAAGAAGGCAGACUUUCUGAUUGGACAUGGUUUUGGAAAGGAUAUGACAUCAGCCACAUCCCUCACUUUGUUCUGUAUGUCUGCAAUCUUCUUGCACUUUUUUAUUCAGUCAAUGAAAGAGGUGUUCUGUUAAACUGCAAUGCCAAGGCAAGAUGGAAUUUGAACUCACAUGAUCUCAAAACGGUGAAGUGAAAUAACUGUAUCCAGAGUGAGCAGUCUUGCAAUGGACGAGGAAGGAGCAAAUGCCAGUUCUCACAUGCCACAGGGAUCAGAAAGACAGUCUCAUGUAGCCUACCAACCAAAUCCAUUGAUGGGUGAUUUUGUUUCCGACUGGUCUCCUAUACAUGAUGCCUCCCUACAUGGGCGACUGCUUGCUCUGAAGAAACUCAUCAAUCAGGGAACCAGUGUGAAUCUCAUGACUGCAGAUUGUGUGUCUCCUCUCCACGAAGCUUGCCUAGGUGGAUAUUCUGCUUGUGCCAGCAUUUUGUUGAAACAUGGGGCCCAUGUAAAUGCAGCUACUGUUGACUGGAACACACCUUUGUUCAAUGCUUGUAUCAGUGGCAGUACAGAUUGUGUAAAUCUGCUACUGGAACAUGGAGCCAGCCCACAUCCAGUAUGUGACCUGGCAUCACCUAUCCAUGAAGCUGCUAAGAGAGGUCACACUAAAUGUGUAGAGGCCCUUGUAUCUCAUGGAGUCAAUAUUGAUCACAACAUAAAACACCUUGGUACUCCACUUUAUAUUGCUUGUGAGAACCAGCAAGUGGACUGUGCCAAAAAAUUACUUGAGUCAGGAGCAAGUGCAAACACUGGGAAAGGUCUAGAGUCCCCUCUCCAUAUGGCUGCUCAAACUUCCAAUGCUGAUAUGGUGCAUUUGCUUCUUGACUUUGGAGCAAACACAAGAGCCAGGAAUGCUGAGGGCAAAAAACCAACAGAGCUAGUUUCACCAAGCAGCUCACUUGCACAGAUAUUUCUGCAGAGAGAAGGUGCCCAUUAAUCUUUGUCUUGUUCAAAAUCAAAGGCCCUUUUCCUUGAUGCAGUUAUGCCGCCUAUGUAUAUGGAGAUACUUGGGAUCCAAAAGACAACAAAGAACAAAUGAACUUCUUUUACCAGAUGAGCUGAAACGGUUUCUCUUGUAUCUUUAAAAGUUUUCUGUUUUCUAGUGGCUUAUUAAAGUUUUGUUUCUUA